AUGGCAUCGAAGUUGGAAAUAAAUAUCCGCAGUUUGAUUGCACAGUGCGAAGAGAUUGUGGCCGUAGACAAACAGGACUGGCGCUUGAAAAAGUACAUUCGAUCGUUGGACAUCAUGAUUCAAGAGCUGGGCGAACAGCCGAACCCACCGGAAGAUAAUUUGGUAGAAGUGUACCGAGCACAAUACAUCGUAUUGAAGCAGGCGUGCGGCUAUGUUGAACCUUCGGCGGAAGAGAAAGAACGGCUCCGGAGCAAAUCACGAGCAACCGAACCGAUUGGGGACGAAGUAAUGCGCGAGGUUCGACAAUUUCAAAAGCAGUCGUUCGAAAAGGAACUUCGUAGCGAACUAUUUAAUGGAAACUUUUCGACGAUACGAAGACGCGCUGGCCAGAAGGUAGCGGAAAACCUGGAACAGACGGUCAAGCAAUACUCAACCGAACAAGAGAAGCUUGCGGAAGAUAUGUUGCGGUUAACAAGAAAUUUGAAGGAACAGACAGAAACCGCCAACAAGAUUCUGAAGAAAGACACUGAGAUUGUAUCCAAAUCAUCCAAGCUAACUGACCAAAAUACAUCUUCGCUUACGACGGAGUCAUCCAAGCUGCAGGAAAACUCCAAGAAGGCGUGUAAAUGUUGGAUGUGGCUGAUGAUAGUAUUCGUUAUAGUGACAUUCAUAUUUAUGGUAAUGUUUAUGAAAAUAAUGAAAAAGAGAGUGUACUAG